AUGUCUGAUUCUCCACACCAUAUUCUCUUGCCCUCAUCUUAUUAUAGAUUGUCUGGGAGUCAAAGAAAAUCAGAUGACAAUACUAAAUGCUCAGUUGUUUCUGAGAGGGUAUCAAAUGAAUCUUCUCCUGAAUGGGAAGCUUGCUCCUCAUCAAGCAAAUCAGUGGGACAGAAUGCAAGUGGUUGCAAUAAAGGACGUCUCCAAUGA